GCGAAAUAAAAUUUGGCCCGUUACAAAAAAUGGUCCAUAGCUAAUCUAAGGAGUAAAAAGGAAUGUGUUGACCGUUGACCUCAAGCGCAGGCUCGCAGCAGCCAGCAGAGGUCGAUGAAUUAGACGCACGAAGCAGCCCGCAGCGCAGGAUUACACGGACCGCCACACCGCUCGCUACUCGCAUCGCCAGACGCCGCAGGCCCGCUCGCAACUCUCCCGCUCCGCCGCGCACAUUCCCGGAGGCCGCACGCCCCGACGCCCUCUUUCUGGAACUGUGCCGCUCGCCCACUCCUGCUCGCUUCUUCUCUCGAUUCAGGCUAGAAGGGAAAUGAUGUGUUAUGAACCUAUUUCAGAGGCAUAGAAAAUGUCUUGUAGUAUGUGUCUGUCAUCUACUCCCUUCACCAAGUAUGGCUUAUUAGCUUCAUUUAAAAGAACCGCUCGAGAAGGGAAAUGAUGUGUUAUGAACCUAUUUCAGAGGCAUAGAAAAUGUCUUGUAGUAUGUGUCUGUCAUCUACUCCCUUCACCAAGUAUGGCUUAUUAGCUCCAUUUAAAAGAACCGCUCGAGGUAGACAUACCACACCUGUUUCAAGAUCUGCAUGCAGCCUAAUGGUUCGAGCUGUUCAAGAGAAUGAAGGGCCUAGACGUUUGGUAGACAUCAUCCGUCUUCUUCCUGAUGUGUCCAAGAAUUACUUUAGGAGUCCUUCCCGGAGAGCGCUUUUUGGGGGUAUAUCUUUGCUGGGAGGUUUUUACGUGGCCCAGACAAUCUCACUGUCGUUUGGAGCUUUAGGGGUAAAUGAUGUGAUAGCUGCUGUGGUUUGUGUUCUCAUCACGGAGUAUGUGACACGGUUCUACUAUAGUCAGCCUAAGGUGACUUUUCCGCUGGCCCUUUUGAACAACUUUAAGAUGGGGUUCACUUAUGGUCUCUUCAUAGACGCUUUCAAACUCGCCAGUUGAGUUGAUCUUUCUAUGCUCCUCUCAAAUGAUGGAAGUGAUUUUACUUGUAAGCUCAUAGUUGUCAUUUGUUAUUACUGUAAUACUCCUGGUUCAGUUUUUUGUGUUUUAAUCUACUGUACUUUAAGAACAGUGUGCAUGACAUAUAGUAUGGACAUGCCUAAGUUAUAACCAUCCAACUCGGGGAGGCGUCAGUUUUCGACCGCAUUCAAGCGAUCGGGAUAGAGCACACUUGACAAUUUAUACUAUAUACUACUAUACUAGUACCUUUUAGAAUUUUAAACUUUUUACUAGACC